UGCCGCGGAUAACAUAACCACCAGUGUGUCCAGGCUGCGUGUGGGGAGCGACGUGGAUGCGGACGACAGUCGUCGGGCGAGUGGGGACGAGUCUCCGGAUUUCCGUUACGAAGACGACGCGGAAGACGGUGAGGGGCUGGAGAUCCGACCCGUGGUUGCGUGUGGUGGGCGGAGGGGAGGACGCGAACGUCAGCAGAGGGGCGAGUCGUGUGGGCCUAGGAUCGAAGGCUCCUGUGGACGACAAGGGUGGCAAGCACCCAGCUUGGAGUGUGGAGGAGAUGUUGAAGCUCACUCGAGCGAAGCGGGAUCAGCAAGCUCAUUUCGAGGGAAUGUCGCACAACUACGGCCGCAUGCGCAACAAGGAGUGGAAGCUGCUGGACCUACAGAAGCGGCUGGCGGAGGUCGGAGUGAACAGGGCAACGGAUGACAUCAGGAAGAAGUGGGAUAACGUCUUCCAGCAGUACAAGAAGGUGCAGUGUUACCAGAACAUGUUCGGUGGGAAAAACUUCUUCACAUUAACUCCUGCAACGAGAGCGGACGAGGGCUUCAACUUCCGAGUGGAUGAGCGAGUCUUUAAUGAGAUCGACAACAUGUCAAAAAAUAACAAGACCAUCUACCUGGACAACGUGGUAGACACGAGCGCCCGCGGAGGAGUGCCGCCAGCAAUGGAUGGUCACCGCCAGGCGGCCAUUGGUGGAGAGUCCUCUGCUGGUGGAGAGGGGGGUGAUGACAUCGACGAAGAUGUGGGUUCAGCGCGGGAGUCGGGGUUCAGUGCAUGGAGCACGGACACUCCAGCGAAGAGGAAGAACAUGCGGCAGCAGACCUUCGACGCCAUCGCCGAAGUCAUGGACAAACACGGUGCAUUGAUGGCGGACACGAUAGAGGGUGCGAGCAAACGGCAGUGUAGUAUCCUGGAGCGGUAGCAGCGUAUGCUUGCGGUCACCAACCUUGGCGUCCUCACGUCCACUCGCGUUGGCGGUGGCGGAACGGUUCGUGCGCAAGGAGUUCUGUCCGGUGACAUUCCGCCGCAGAGGACCGUGGGUUCUACAUCUACCAUCACAUCCGUGUCCGAGCGCGGUGAUAAAGCUCCGGUCGGUGAGUCUCCAUCGCGCCACGUGGAGGCGUCGAACCCAACGAUCGUCGGCGCUUCACCGAGGGUUGUGCUUCAAUCCGCGCAAGCAGCGAGCGCCGUUGGCCAUGCCGUCGCCCUCGGUAGUGGAGAAAGGCGAGAAGAUCGGAGGGUGGAAGAGGCGGGGAGAAAACAAGAGAGGGAGGGAGGAGAGUCCGCGUGGGGAAGAAGAGGACGACCAGCCUCUGAGCGCGAGGAAGAAAAGGUCCCGCUAAGAGCAACAGUUGGAGGCGAAAUCGAAGCUGUGGGUAGACGUCAAAGCGUUCUGGGCAACCGGCCUCGGACGGAUGAUCGCGGACGCAGUGCAUUCCUGCGCGGACUACUUCUGCGCGAUCGUCAAUGGAGAUGCAGGCGCCAGCGCUCCGCAAGGCCUCAUGAUGGCACCCCCCGAAGUCCCGUGCGUGCGGAUCGAAGAUGGCGUGCAACGAGAGCCAGCUCUCAGACGGGCGAGACGAACGGAGAACGUGGCAAUGUGCGUCAUCCACGGGUGGAUAUUCAGGUCGUCUUCAAGGUCCGAUGGUUCGCCCGCGCGGAGUCCUAGUGCCGCCCGCCGUAGUUUACCACACGGUCGCUUUGAAGAUGGACAUCCCAGUGUGGUUCGUCGGGGCGUAUAUCGAGAACAG